AAAAAAUUUAUGCACGUAGUUUUAGUCCAUGCUGUUAAACCCUAAAGUGAACCACACCACACCACCAUGGCAGGCUUCUCCGCGCAACGUCUUCUUUACGCAUUCUGCUCCUCCUCCGCCACAGCGGCGGGGUCCCUCAUCGGUGGCACUUUCCACCCACGACAGUUUUCAGCGGGGAACGUGGCUCGCGCGACGGCGGCGAAAAUUGAUAAGGAGCCUUGGUGGAAGGAGUCUAUGGAAAAGGUUCGCAACAUUGGGAUCUCAGCGCACAUUGAUUCCGGGAAGACAACGUUGACGGAGCGGGUACUGUUCUACACUGGUCAGAUCCACAAGAUGCACGAAGUUCGCGGGAAAGAUGGCUGUGGUGCGAGGAUGGAUAGUAUGGUUUUGGAGAGAAAGAAGGGAAUCACCAUUAAGUCUGCUGCUACUUAUUGUAAUUGGAAAGGCUCUAAGAUCAACAUAAUUGACACGCCUGGUCACGUUGAUUUCACCAUUGAAGUCGAGAGGGCUUUGCGUGUUAUUGACGGCGCCAUUCUUCUUCUUUGUAGUGUUGGUGGUGUGCAAAGUCAGUCCAUUACUGUUGAUCGCCAAAUGAGAAGAUACCAAGUUCCGAGAAUUGCGUUUAUCAAUAAGCUUGAUCGAAUGGGAGCUGAUCCAUGGAAAGUUUUAAACCAGGCUAGGUCUAAGCUUCGCCAUCAUACUGCUGCAGUUCAAGUUCCAAUAGGUUUGGAGAAUGAAUUCACGGGACUUAUUGAUCUUGUCAAGUUAAAGGCCUACUAUUUUGAAGGUCCACAUGGCAAUGACGUUGUCGUUAAACAAGUUCCUUCAAACAUGGAAGCUUUCGUGGCCGAUAAAAGACGCCAACUCAUAGAAGCAGUGUCAGAGGUUGAUGAUAUACUUGCCGAAGCUUUUCUCAGCGACGACACCAUUUCAGAUGCUGAUCUUGACGAAGCAAUUCGCAGGGCUACCAUAGCUCGGAAAUUUAUACCGGUUUUCAUGGGCAGUGCUGUCAAAAACAAGGGGGUACAACCACUUUUGGAUGGUGUACUUAGUUAUUUGCCAUGUCCAAUUGAAGUUAGAAAUUAUGCUCUUGACCAAUCUAACAAUGAAGAGAAGGUUGAGCUUACCGGAAGUCCUGAUGCACCCCUUGUAGCAUUGGCUUUCAAGUUGGAGCAAACACAGUCGGGACAGUUAACCUAUCUAAGAAUUUAUGACGGCGUCAUUCGUAAGGGUGGUUUUAUUUUUAAUGUCAACACAGGUAAGAAUAUUAAGAUUUCUCGUCUGUUUCAAAUGCAUUCUGAUGAAAUGCAUGACAUUCAAGAGGCCCAUGCUGGUCAAAUAGUUGCGGUGUUUGGGCCGGAAUGUGCAUCAGGAGAUACUUUUACUGAUGGGUCAGUUAAGUACACAAUGACUUCUAUGGCUAUUCCUGAACCCGUGAUGUCAUUAGCGGUACAACCUGUCUUGCAAGAUUCUGGAGGGAAAUUUUCAAAAGCUUUGAACCGUUUCCAGAGAGAGGAUCCUACUUUCCGUGUUGGCUUGGAUCCGGAGAGUGGGCAGACAAUCAUUUCUGGUAUGGGAGAAAUGCAUUUACAGAUUUAUAUUGAACGCAUUAUGAUGGAGUACAACAUUGCUACUUCAGUUGGAAAACCUCGUGUGAACUUCAGAGAAACUAUUACUCAACGUGCUACUUUUGAUUAUUUACAUAAGAAGCAAUCCGGUGGACAAGGACAAUAUGCAAGGGUGAUUGGUUAUAUUGAACCACUUCCUGGAGCUAAGUUUGAAUUUGAAAACAUGCUUGUUGGUCAAGCUAUUCCAUCAAAUUUUAUGCCUGCAAUUGAAAAAGGCUUUAAAGAAGCUGCCAACUCUGGUGCCUUAAUCGGACAUCCAGUUGACAAUCUCCGAGUUGUCUUGACAGAUGGCGCUGCUCAUGCUGUUGACUCCAGUGAACUUGCCUUUAAACUGGCUUCUAUCUGUGCUUUUAGACAGUGUUACGGAGCUUCUAAACCAGUUAUAUUAGAACCUAUCAUGCUUGUUGAGUUGAAAGUACCCACAGAAUUUCAAGGAGCUGUCGCUGGUGAAUUGAACAAGAGAAAAGGUGUGAUUGUUGGCAAUGAUCAAGAUGGGGAUGAUUCUAUCAUUAGAGCUCAUGUCCCUCUUAACAAUAUCUUUGGGUAUUCUACAGUUCUUCGUUCGAUGACACAGGGAAAGGGUGAAUUCACAAUGGAAUAUAAGGAACAUUCAGCUGUUUCUCAUGAUGUUCAAACCCAAUUGAUAAACACAUACAAGGGCAAUAAGGCAGCUGAAUGAUUUGGCCUUGUUGAGAUGGAAGUUAUAACAAAAGUCGAGGUAAACAUGCAGGCACCUAGUCUUCACUAUAUUCUUCCCACAUGCUUUGAAGCAGAAAAACCCAUGUAAUUUUAUAGGGGUGCGCAAAGUUUGGUUUAAAACCAAAACUGCAUGUGAACCGAACCGAAUUGUUUCUACGGUUCGUUAGAACCGAAUCGAACCG